AUGUCGAUAUAUUUUAACUUCGAUGUAGGACCAACUGGGAGAAGGUUUAGGAGAGCUAUAGAUGGUGAUAAAGCUGACAUUGAAUAUAUAAUAAAAAAAACAUAUGGAGAAAUAUACGGUAGCGAAGAUAUUGGAACACUUAUUGAACUGAGCACAUUAUCGAUAUGCAUGAUAGAUGUCAACAAAGACGUGAUAGGUUUCAUGGCCUUGGAUGAUCACCCCAAUGUCCCCGGAGUCAGUCAAGUAGAUUGGGAGAUAUGGAUGAGGAAUAUGUUUCAAAAAUACUAUUUGUCGAGGAAUACUCUCUUCAUACAUUUUCUCUGUUGUCUUGAUGAUGUCGCAGAUUUCUUUCUUGAAGAAGCAUUAACGUCCGUGUUUACUGAGGAUGUAUGUUUGAAUAAUAUUGUUCUUAUGGUCCCGCAUGGAUGUCCUGAGGCCUACAUAUCUAGGUAUUUGGCGUCCAAAAAACGAAAUGUCUAUAGAUAUUUGCCUAGUAAACUGGGUAGUGGAUUUAGGGAAGGUAAUUGCUGUUAUUUUUAUGCUGCAAUGCGACAAGACUUUUGUCCUAAACUAAAGAUCAGGGGAGCCGUAGAAGAAGAUAAUGAUGAUAUCGUAGAAAUACUAGACAAAAAAUGUCCGCAACUGAAGGAAUUAUACGGUGAAUAUUAUAUCAGUGAAAUAAUAAGCCGUCAUCCAUCUAUGAAACGUAAAGUUAUUGUUGCUGCUUAUCAAGAUCAUGUCAUUGGAGUUAUGUGCUUGAAUGCAGAAGUUAACUACGAAAACUUGCAGAAUACUUACGAUUUAAAUCCAUAUUAUGGAUUGAGAAAAGCAACACCGCUUGAAAGGGAGCUCAAAAAACGAAACAACGUAUUGUUAAAGGCAUUUGGGGAACCCAUACUGUACGGGAAAUGGGGCCCAUUCGAUCGUACAUCAAAAGCGAAGCAAAAGGUUGAUGAAGAUAUUACACCAGGUGAGACAGCAGCGGAACCCAGAAUUAAGACAUCCAGUAAAGUUAUCUUUAGACACAUAUCGCUUACUGAAGAUAAAUAUGACCGAGUUUAUAUGAAAAAGGACGUCUCAGAUGAUUAUAGUGUCAAAUUAGGCGGAACAUCUCCAACAAUCUCUCUUUUAUCGAAUGUAUCGGUUGCCGAGCUUUUAGAUGAAGAUCCAUUCGAUUAUGAAAUCGUUAAUAUCGAUACGAAAUUAUUGAAAGUACCUCGCGUUAUAUCUCAUGAUUAUGAGCCAAAAUCACAAAGUGACAGACAAUCCACAAUAACAGAGUUUGAGACAAAAUUAAAAAGAAGAACUUCAAUAAUGACUAAGAAGCAAGAAGAUAUCAAUAAAAUUAAUUAUUCCGGAGAACCAAACGCAUUUAUAAUUGAACUUUUCGGUUGUCGUGAAGAUGUUGAUUAUAAACAGUCAUUUGAUUUUCUCGAAGCUGCUUUUGAAGCAAUGAAAGAGUACGAUUAUUGCAUUAUUCGUGUACCGUGUACAGAAAAAAGUUUUCCUCUGUUACAACAUUUUUGUUGUAUCCCAGCAAAGCCGAAUGUUUGCAGUAAAUACGCUUUGUACAUUGCACAUAGAAAUGCCAUUUUAGGCAAGCUACGUGUACGUAAAGCAGAGUUAAUAGAUGCACCACUGAUAGCUCAACUCCUUAAUACAUUAGAUGUAAAAGAGACAAUGUGGACAGUGGAGAAUACGGUACACAAAAGGAACGAAAGUAUAUUUGUGUUAUUAUGCGGCUGUUCGUUAGUUGGGCUUGGAAUUUUAGAGAAGGCAGAGCAAACAGAUUACCUACAAAAUAAAUACAAUUUCGAUUCAUAUCGUAUACAAAAGUAUCAUUAUAAAUCGAAUGGUAUUUUCGCUGGAUUCAGUGCAUUAAAAACCGUUCUCAUUUAUCCAGUAUUUGAAGCACAUUUUAGAUUCUUUGCUCGAGAAAUGAUGAGACUGUCUGAAUGUACUACUUUGGUUUGGAUGACUGCCUACAGAAACAAAUGGGUGGCUCAUAAAGCUAACACCCUAGCAACUGUGAUGAUACCUCUUGUACCAAGAGAGUCCGAAGUGGACUGCGUAUCUAUACCUGAAAUCAAAAAAAUUAACACAAUUUCUAAUAGUUUAGAAGCAUUUAGUACUUGGUUUAUAAGUAAAAAGUUUACAUCUGUACCCAAAGUGAACGUCGAUACUAGAAUAGUGGUAGUUGGCGCGUCGAGAACUACGAUGGCAUUUCUCAAUGCUUUGUUAUUCAGUGAUUCAUGUACAUAUUUAACAUUUACGAAUGUAACACUGAUAUCUCCAAGCGGACUACCCUACGUGCGGCACUCUAAAGCACUCGUGGAAAACAUGUUCCUCAAAUGUCGCACCAACACUGACAGAUACCUGAAGAGUGUCCCUUAUUCAUACUAUGUGAAUAUUAUACAAGGGACAGUGACUGAAAUUAACAGACGUUCGAAGUACGUUGGAUUAGCGAAUGGUAAUAAAUUUUACUACGACUUACUCUUCUUAUUGUUUGGCAAACAAUACCAACAUCCUAAUUACAUGAAAACGAUAUUAGACAGAGAAGAUAAAAUGAAGAAAGGUCUUAUUCCAAUCUACACACCAUUGGAUGUUCCAAUAUGUGCAAGAGAAAGGUGUUUUAGCAAGAGAUUACCUGAAAAUGUGUUUAUUAUCAACAACCUUUCUGAUGCCAAUAAAGCUUUGAAAUAUAUCAAAAACAACCUGAUGUACUUUGAACCUUAUUGUAUUCUCGUGUAUGGAGCUACUAUACACGCGUACUGUUGUCUAUCAACAUUGCUGCAAAUGGGAGUGCCAAGUCAUAACAUUGUGUUCGUGGAACCAUUCCCAUCAGAGGACCCAAGAAAACCUAGGAUAUCAGUGUUUGCAAACAUAUAUGUCGAUUGUACUGUAAAUGAUAUGUUGAAGAAUUUAAACGUUAAAACGUACAGUUCUUACUACUUCGAAUCUUGGAGCUGUGACUUUGAGAACACGGUGACCUCGGUGACCUUCAUGUCUCAGUUCAAGAUGAUCCAACUGCCGUGUUCCGCGUUCUUCUAUUACGGAAAACAAGGAGUUGAUGAAGAUGCCUUUGUUGCAAUAAACAAAAGCGGUAUAGCAUACAACGAAGGUAUUCUGAUAGACCAUCAGUUCAGAACUAGAGAUGACUCUAUAUACGCGGCCGGUCCGGCUACAAGGUACAAUAGUAACUACUAUGCGGAAGACAAAGAUCAGAGGUACUACGACUCGUAUGAAGUUGGCACUAAGCUAGGGAAUCAAAUUCGGAAUCAAUUAGACCCUCUCUUUGUUGACACAGACAAAUAUGUCAAACGAACAGAAAAUAAUUCUAACGAAGAUUCUGGUUCUACAUUUAGCAGUAGUAUUAAAGAAUCAACAUCUGUAUCAUCGAAUGAGUUUGAAUCAAAAAUAAAAUUGCCAGAUUUUAAGGAGCCAAGGGUAAUGUAUUGCACAUUGCCCGGCGGUCUUCAGUACUUAGAAGUUCGCUCACCAGGGAAAAAGAUUCCAUGUCACUACAUCCAGUCCUUGGAUUAUAAUGGUCAAGUUAUAGAGACAUUCAAAGAAGGAUAUUUUAAGAUUCAUUUCAACAAGGAUUUUAUUGUGGACGGCAUCACUUGCUUGACACCAGAGAAACGGCCAUUGGAGAACUUUGUUAGACUCUAUGGACAAUCUUCUGUUGUAUUGAAUAACGUUAUUUUGAGAUGCACUGCAAAGAAAUUGGACAAUCUUUACGCAUUUUUUCGUUCUCCAUGGGCAUAUUUUCUAUACCACGAUAAAAGUGAAGAAUUAUUUGCUAUUGUCAAAGAGCUACUGCCUAAGGGUCACCGUAAAGGUAAAACUCUGAAAGAAGCAUUGUAUUCAGUGGCUGAAAGACUUAGUAGUACGUUGCACUUCCGCCAUCAUUCGCAGUCUUGUACAGAGACGUUAAAAUCGGAAAUGCGUUCUGUGUUCGAAUCUUCUCCUCACGUGGAGGCGAUCAUAGACUAUGUGAUGGAGUGGCUGAGCGAGCACGAGGCGUUGCUCCCGGUGUACCUCCAGCCCUGGCAUCAGGCCGAGUACGCACACGAUGAACAAACUAAUCCAGUAUUCAAACGCAAGAGGAGUAUCAUUAAAAUGCUAAAUGCGAUUUAUUAA